AUGUGUAAUGUUAAGAUCUCCCAGACUGAUAAAUACAAAAUUUGUUCAGAUUGUUUUAUUGCUGCAUCUUCAGCUUAUAAAUUUUACCUGUUAUCAAAGAGAAGUGAAGAAAUUUUAGACUUUUAUAUUAAUUUAUUGGAGGAGAACUUAAAUGAGGCCAGUAGUAGCGAAGUGAAUGAAGCACUAAAGGAAUCUCUUCCCUCCAAUAACAGAGCAAAGAGAAAACGGAAGAGGAAUCCAAUGAGCUACAUAAUGUGCAGCAAAUGUCCAGUGAGAUAUAGAUUUGUAGCCAAAUUAAAAGAGCAUAUGAAGGCAGAGCAUGAUAUUGAUCUAUUUGUUUGUACAGUAUGCAAAUCUAUAAUCGAGGAUGAGGGUGAAUUCAACAAGCACCUGAAAACGCACACAAACAUACACAGGUGCGCCAAAUGCAACGUGGUCUUCAGGAAACGCGACAGCAUCAUUGCACACUUGAAAUGGCACGAGGAAAUGGAGAAUCUCAAGCAGAGGGAAGGCGCCCAUAUUUGCGAGAUUUGCGGACUAGUACUGAGGGACGAGGAACACCUGAAAGAGCACAACGACAAGAAACACGUGAAGAAGUACACAUGCUUCUACUGCGGCCGCAUGUACAAGGGCGAGAUAAGUUUCGAAAUGCACAUAAAGAAGCACGAAAUGCACAUGAACAGUGAUGACAAGAAGCAGACAGACAAAAUGAAGACCAAAGAGGACGAGGAAAAAGUGAAGAAGAGCAAAAAGUUUUGCUGUGGAACGUGUGAGCGAAAUUUCGUCGAUGAGCGAUCACUCAUGUGGCAUCAGCGGCUGCAUACAAACGAGAGGCCCUAUGUGUGCGAUGUGUGCGGGCGCGGUUUCGUGUCGCUGAACAGGCGCAACCAGCACGCGGUGUGCGCCCACACCGCCCCCGCCCGCCGCUGCCCCCUCUGCCCGGCGCUCUUCCACCUGCGCUCUAUGGUCAACACGCACGUGCGGAAGGUGCAUCUCAAAACGCACAAGCGACGAAAUCGUACGAGUAAACAUCAGAAUGUAUUCUGGCGAACAGAACCCGUUCCCAUACAAGAGCUGAGCGUGUCCAUACAAAACGAGAUAUUGGAGUUGCAGGCUGCUCAGAAGGAGGCGGACAAUGGGCAAGAU